GCCACAACAGGUCAUGGCAAGUUCUGCUGAUUUAAAGACCGUCAUGCCUAUAGUGAUUAAAAUGUAAGUAUUCAAUUCAAUUUAGUCAAAAAAGUCAAUUGUGAAUACCCGCGCACUCGCCCCGGUAGAAUUUACCUAAAUUCUCCAGACUCAAACUAUCACAACAUUGUGCAAACGUUUUCGGUUGUUUCGGCUUAAGUGCGAGUGUGUUCAGUGCCUGAGUGAAAAUGGGGCCGCCCAAGCGCUCCGGAUACAAAGCGGAUAGGGCUUCGAGGAAGCGCAAGAAGGAAGAAGAAGAAACGUGGGCUGCCGAUGAGGAAGAGGCCACCGCAGACGGAGAAGAAGCGGCAGUGCCCAAUGCCGCGGCUAGAGAUGCGGAGAAAAGCGAUGAAAAAGUGCAGGAGGAUGAAUUUGGGGCCAAAGACUACAGACUGCAGAUGGAAUUGAAGCCCGACAAUGCAUCGAGGCCACUGUGGGUGGCCCCCAAUGGCCACAUUUUCCUCGAGUCGUUCUCGCCUGUUUACAAGCACGCACAUGAUUUUUUGAUCGCGAUUUCUGAGCCAGUCUGCCGCCCUGAGCACAUUCACGAGUACAAGCUGACUGCCUACUCCUUAUAUGCUGCCGUAAGCGUGGGCCUGCAGACAAACGACAUUGUCGAAUACUUGAAAAGGCUCAGUAAAACGACAGUCCCUGAGGGCAUCAUAGAGUUCAUAAGGCUCUGCACCUUGUCCUACGGCAAAGUCAAGCUGGUGCUGAAGCACAACAAGUACUUUGUCGAGAGCCCCUUUCCGGAAAUUCUGCAAAAGCUGCUCAAAGACCCGGUAAUUCAAGAGUGCCGAUUACGCAGGAAUGUGGAGGGCGAUGCCGAAGAUGAAAUGAUCACUCAAGUGCAGGAAAAGAAGAACAUUCCGUCAUUCGGGGCGAAGCCCGGCCCUUCAACAGAGGCCGGCGCUGAAGCCACCAACGUCCCGGACGACAUCACCAAUUUCUACGAGAAAAUGGACAAUGAGGACGAGGAAGACGAGGCCAACCUCCAAACCGUCUCCUUCGAAGUGAAUCAGGAGAAAAUCGAGGUGAUUCAGAAGAGGUGCAUUGAGCUGGAGCACCCUUUGCUGGCCGAAUACGACUUCCGGAACGACACAGUAAACCCGGACAUCAACAUCGAUCUGAGACCGUCAGCCGUAUUGAGGCCCUAUCAGGAGAAGAGCCUGAGGAAGAUGUUUGGUAACGGCAGGGCGCGAUCGGGGGUUAUCGUGCUGCCUUGUGGUGCAGGCAAAUCUCUGGUGGGAGUCACAGCCUGUUGCACAGUGCGAAAACGCGCCCUUCUCCUAUGCAAUUCCGGGGUCUCAGUCGAACAGUGGAAACAACAGUUCAAGAUGUGGUCCACUGCAGACGACAGCAUGAUCUGCAGAUUCACCUCCGAAGCCAAAGACAAACCAAUGGGCUGCAGCGUGCUGGUCACGACCUAUUCUAUGAUAACGCACACUCAAAAACGGUCCUGGGAGGCUGAGCAGACGAUGAAGUGGCUGCAGGAGCAGGAGUGGGGCAUCAUGGUGCUGGACGAGGUGCACACAAUCCCAGCCAAAAUGUUCCGCAGAGUGCUGACGAUAGUGCAGUCGCACUGCAAGCUGGGGCUCACUGCCACCCUGUUGAGAGAAGACGAUAAAAUUGCCGACCUGAACUUCCUGAUCGGCCCGAAGCUAUAUGAAGCUAACUGGCUGGAGCUGCAGAAAAAGGGCUUUAUUGCCCGCGUGCAAUGUGCCGAAGUAUGGUGCCCAAUGACACCGGAAUUCUAUCGCGAAUACCUGGUGUGCAAAACCAGCAAGCGGCUGCUGCUCUACGUGAUGAACCCGCAGAAGUUCCAAGCCACCCAGUACCUGAUCCGCUACCAUGAGCGACGCGGCGACAAAACCAUCGUCUUCUCCGACAAUGUCUUCGCCCUAAAACACUACGCAAUCAAAAUGAACAAGCCCUACAUCUACGGCCCGACCACGCAAAGCGAGCGCAUUCAAAUCCUGCAGAAUUUCAAAUUCAACCCCAAAGUGAACACGAUUUUCGUGUCCAAGGUGGCGGACACGUCCUUUGAUCUGCCCGAGGCCAAUGUUCUGAUCCAGAUCUCCUCGCAUGGUGGCUCUAGGCGCCAGGAGGCUCAACGUUUGGGCCGGAUUUUGAGAGCGAAAAAAGGUGCAAUCGCUGAAGAGUACAACGCCUUCUUCUACACCCUGGUUUCACAGGACACAAUGGAAAUGAACUACUCGAGGAAGCGCCAGCGGUUCUUGGUCAACCAGGGGUACAGCUACAAGGUGAUCACCAAGCUGGCGGGGAUGGACAAGGAGCCCGACAUGAUGUACAAAACCAGGGAGGAGCAGGGCCAGUUGCUGCAACAAGUGCUGGCCGCUAGCGAUAUCGACUGCGAAGACGAAAGAAUGCCCGGGGAGGGAGGGCCGCGAGGCGGCCCCGGUAAUCGCCGCUCUGGCCACUUGGGGUCCAUGUCAGGGGCGGACGACGCCGUCUACUACGAGUUCCGAAAGACCGCCAACACCAACAAGCACCCGCUGUUCAAAAAAUUCCGAUACUAACACUGUUAAGCUCUAGAUACGUUCUAUAUUGUUGAGGCGGAUUCAUUUUUUUACAAACUUCUUUUUGGGUAUUUUGCUUCAACAUUUUUUUUGUCAUAGG